CCUUGCUUGCUGCAUAAACAAAACCCUUUUUUCUUCUCAAUUGGAUUUUUUAAUAAUUGCAUCUGAAUUCAAUUUCAACUCAAUCACACACAGAGCGCUGCUAUUAUUAUUGAUUUAUUAAUGGCAGAUUCGGCAGGCGGGAGCGUUGUUCCGCGGCCAUCUGUGGACACGCAUGAAGUGAGCACAGUUGAGAGCAGCCCGGAGCCAGUGGCUGCAGCAGCAGUGGCAGCAGCGGCAGCUGCUGCUGCAACAGGACCCGACUUGCUUGGCUCAUUCGAGUCAUUCGACUCUGACUCGUCCGACUCUGAAUCGCCAGCCGACGCCAACAUGAAGCUGCUGCACCUGCUGUGCACACUGGCCGAGGACGUAUCGCGGCGCAACGGCAUUGUGCACCGCGGCACCACGUGCAACAGCUGCCGCGAGACGCCGAUCCGCGGCGUGCGGUACAAGUGCGCGCAGUGCGCCGACGUCGACCUGUGCAGCGCAUGCGAGGCGCACGAUCUGCACGCACAGCACAUGCUGCUGAAAAUCAACGUUCCGCUGCCGCCGCUUGUGAGUGCGCGCACGCCGCUGGUGCGCCGCAUGUUUCCGGGCGUGCUGGUGCCGCGGGACUUGGACCGUAGCGUACGCAAGCGGCUGGAGGACGCGACGCACUUGGACCGCGCGGACCUGAGCAGCCUCUACGGCGAGUUCUGCGUCCUGGCAUCGGCUGAGCAUGGCACAGACGUCAUUACACGCGACACGUUCUACCGCUGCCUGGGGCAGUUUGGUGGCGCGCAGUCGGUGCUGGGCGCGCGGCUGUUUGCGUUCUACGACGCCGACGGCGACGGCGCAUUGACCUUUGAGGAGAUGGCGUGCGGGUUUUCGGUGUACACGAAGGGCUCGCUGGACGAGAAGGCCCCGGCUGUGUUCCGCGCGUACGAUGUUGAUGGCGAUGACCGCGUGGGUCGCGACGAUCUGCGCACUAUGCUGGAGGCCUUUGCCGACACGAACCGCGAGCUGACCAAGAACAUGGUUGAGGCGCGGCGCGAGGACGUGGCUGCGCGCCUCGAGGUGCUGGAGUCCGUGCGCGACCACACCGCCCUGCUGCCAAUCACGGAUGCACUCCCAGCUGUCGCUGGCAGCGAGUCGCUUGCGCUGAGCGCUUCUGUAGACGCUCCGUCGAGGCUGGAGCUGGCGCUGGCUCCGACAUUCUGGCAUGACCGCGCAGAGGACGAUGGAUGCGCUGUCAUGGAGGCACUGGGCCAUGAUGCUGUCGCCAUGAUGGUUGACGAGAUCUUCGCCGAGGCCGUGCCUGAGGACCCGGAUUUUAUGACAUAUGCUGAGUUCCUGGCACAUCUGCGCCGUAACUCGAGCCUGGCAAUCUAUCUCGAGGUGCUGGGCACUAUUUUUUAG